UUUUGUCACAGAGCCAACAAUGUUCUAAGUAUAUUGUAAUGUCAGGUUUAUUAGAAACAUAGGUGAAAUGCAAAGAAUAAAGUGCCGCUUAAAAUCCCUGACUGAAUUAUAAGCAAUGCAUUGCAAAACAUUCUUUAACAAAUAAAAUCAGGCCAGCUCAUGUCUCUAAUAUAUAGGGGGUGGGACUUUAAAUAAGCUUUGCAUUUACAGAACCAGUUUAACCAGUGCUGAAUAAAUAGUUCAGGGUAGAUAGCCAUGAAGAGAUUUGAGGAAUAACAACAUUGAGUCCUUCAGUCUAUUUUCAUCCUUUAAGGCAAGUCAAAAUGAAUGAUCUGAAUGCACAUGCUCAAAGGAAUAUCAGAGCAGCUGGCGGGGAUGAUAAACGUAGCUGGAACUGGCCUUUGCUGAUUUCAGUGUCUGGCUUAGUGUUGUACCAAUGGUUGAUGCAAAGGAGAAUGAGAAAUGAAAUUGAUUGUUUGCGGAGAAACAUUGAGAAAGACAGAAGGGAAGACAAAGCCAUGGUUGUGAUUCACGAGAUCCGCAGGUUGCUGCAUGCUAGACAAGAUAUCAUUUGCAGCAAUACUGUCCCCUAUUUUGCUCAACGGACCAGAGAGGAAGAGUUAACCAGCAUGGCUUCCAGUGACCCUAUAGCACGUCAACUCGAUAUAAAGAUAUUCCAGCAUCCCGCACCCUGCUCAAGAGCCACAAUAAACACAUGUGUUGAAGACUGGCAGAGAAAACUUAAGGGUUUACUUGAAAGUGAGCAAAAAUAUAAAAGGACAAUCUUAUAGGGAUUAUUUCAGGAAAAUAUGUUUGACCCAGUGUGGAACUAGAAUUAGUAUCUUCAACACUAAAUCAAUUUUACUACUGUCUACAUUUUAAUAUCAGGUUUAUGAUUUACUCCCAUGUCUGAAUGUAAAGUAUAAUAUUCAAACAAAUUUCUGUUAAGAUGUAAUAUUUUAUGGAGUUAAACUACUCCUGAAUUGAACCAAUGACAAUGUUUAAACUGUGAAAGUGCUGCAAAUUUGUCAUGUAAAUCCACUAAAAGAAAGUUGAGGUUGAACCCAAAUGCAGUUUUUUUUUUCAAGAAGCAACGAGGGAACAACAGGAAACAACACAGGCAAAUUAAAAGUCCAACUAACAAAACAAGAGCAUACAGACAUGAUGUAAGUCUGUCCUAACAACAUAUUUAAUUAUAAUAAGAUGGUGUCAUCUGUGUUUUGCAGUUUGCAAACAUAAUAAUUUAAAAUAUGAAGUAGAUAAAUAAAUAGCCUAAUAAUAAAGUGAUAAAUAAAUGUCUGUCUGUUCAGAAUUGCCUAUGUAAUUUUCACUUCUUUAGUAUUCCCUUGUAGGAAACAUGCAGUGCACAUGAUAUUAUACACUUAAAAUAAUUAAUUUCCUUGCAGUCCAAUGUGUGCUGUCAAAGGGGCGCAAGACUUUGAUCUAACCGUACAGUGAUAUGAUUGGAUGACUGGAUUAAAUGGGCGGGGUUUAUACACUCGAUGCGCGUCGUCUAAGCUCCUCUCAUUUGUCAACCUACUUUGCUAGAUAGAUGUCAUGAUUUCAAUAUUCCGCCGAUAUAGAUUCAACAAUUCUCUCUGUAUGCUCAUCUUUAAUUCACGACAUUUUAAGAAUGAUACCACCACCAACACUGAAGAUUUUGUUGCCCCAGAACCUGAUGUCAUCAUUGUAGGGGCCGGUGUUUUGGGCUCUUCAUUGUCGGCGGUUCUUGGGCGAGAUGGACGCAAGAUUACAGUGAUUGAGAGGAAUCUUAGAGAGCCGGACAGAAUAAUUGGUGAAUUGCUACAGCCUGGUGGAUAUCGUGCUCUCAAAGAAUUAGGCUUGGAAAAAUCAGUAGAGGAGAUAGAUGCACACAUUGUGAAUGGUUAUAUCAUCCAUGAUGUUGAAAGUAGGAUGGUCGUGGAGAUUCCUUACUCACAAGAUCAGACUCAAUGUGGCCGAGCUUUCCACCACGGUCGCUUUAUCACGGGAUUGCGUAGAGCUGCACUGGCGGAGCCAAAUGUGAGGUUCAUUGAAGGCUCAGUAACAUACCUUGAAGAAGAAAAUGGCUGUGUCACAGGCAUCCAGUACAAGGACAAACAUUCUGGAAGAAUAAAGGUUAAGGUUACGUGCCCUCUGACAGUGGUGGCAGAUGGAUGUUUUUCAGAAUUCAGAAAGCGUUUGAGCUCGGAAAGGGUUCAGAUCUGUUCCAACUUUGUAGGCUGCAUAAUGAAGAACUGUCCUCAGUAUAAGCCCAACUAUGCUGAACUAGUUCUGAGCUGCCAUGGACCGAUUCUGAUCUACCAGAUCUCCUCCACUGACACACGUGUUCUGGUGGACAUAAGGGGACGUCUCCCCAAAAACCUGAGCCAAUACAUGAUUGAGAAGAUCCAUCCGCAACUGCCAGAUCACUUAAAGGGGCUUUUUUUGUUGGCCGUACAAAACAACCGUCUGAAAUCCAUGCCUGCAAGUUUCCUGCCAUCAUCACCUGUCAAUAAACCAGGAGUCUUGCUUCUUGGAGAUGCUUAUAACAUGAGGCAUCCUUUAACUGGAGGAGGGAUGAGCGUAGCACUCAAUGAUGUCAUGAUUUGGAGAAGUCUGCUUCAGAAUGUUCCGGAUCUCAGUGACAACACGGCCUUGUUGCAGGCUAAAAAGAAAUUCCACUGGGAGCGGAAGGUGUCUCAUUCAUUUGUGGUGGAUGUUCUAGCACAGGCACUGCAUGAGUUGUUUGCUUCAAAAGACAAUUCAAUAUUAUAUCUCAGAAGAGCCUGCUUGUGUUAUUUUCAGUUGGGAGGGGAGUGUGUGUCAGGGCCAGUUGGACUGCUGUCUGUGCUGAACCCCCGCCCUGUGACACUGAUCGGUCACUUCUUUGGUGUUGUAUUGUAUGCAGUCUACUUAAACAUCAAGGCAGAGGUAAGACAGGACAGAGCAGGAGUGCUGCUGAGGAGCAUGGGAAUUAUUUAUCGUGCAUGUGCGAUCAUAUUCCCUUAUAUCUUUUCUGAAUUUAAAUACCUCUUGUAUAGAUUUUUUAGGCCUUUGGAAUGAGUGUUAACUGUCUGAUAUCAUGAGACAAAAUAAUAGUUAUUAUAAAGUCUUUAAAUCCCAGUUCAACCCUUCACUAAAAUUUAUGUUCACUGUAAAGCUGCUUUGACACAAUCUGCAUUGUAAAAAGCGCUUUAUAUAAAUAAAGGUGACUUGACUUGACAUGUAUAUACAUUUCAGUAUUUAUAUUGAAUAUAUUUUAUAUAUAAUUAUAUGCAUUUAUAUGCUUUUUACAGAAUCCACAUGUACUUAAAACUGUUAAAUAAAGUUUAUUAUCAGGUUGAUUUGCAAAAAACAGCAGAUUAUGGCUUUAAUGACUUGGGGAACAUAAAUACAGAUCAUUCUGCCCUACAAAAUUGCAGUUACUACACAUUUUCUCAAAAUCAGGGCUUUUAGACUAUAAUCUGUCUGCUGACAAAUGGGUUUGGCUCAACUAUGCUCACAUUCAGAGAAAACAGAGUGUGAAAAUGGAUAUCCAAUCAAUUAAAAAAACUUUGAAACCAUUUCAGUUCCAGCGGUGGCAUAUUUACUGUUGGGCCUUUGUCAUACAUUGUUUAUCCAGUUAACAAAGUUCUCCAAGAUUAAAGGUGCAAUCACAUAGCUGAAAUUUCAACAAAAUUUCUCAGGAAAAAGGGUUCAUUGUCCAUUAUCUAUAGUACAGUGAUGCAUGAAGCACAGCUCACACACUUACUUUCAAAACAAGCAGCUUUCUGUUAGUGGUAAAUUUAUGUGACCAACUUGAAAAUGAGCAAAAUCUGCAUAGGAAACUCUUUCACCCUUAAACUAAACUCACAAUAGCAUGGAUUCCUAUUGAAAUGACUGUAUUUUGCCUGAAAAUUUUUACAAAGCAACAAUGAAUGUGAUCAAAACAAUAAAUGCGAAAUCAUCAGUGUUGG